AUGUUCGACUUUGGCAAGAACGCCAACAACGGCGCAGUGGUACCCAUCGGUAUGGGCCUCCCUUCUCCAGGGCAGGCUAUGGGCCACAUGGGCAUGAUGCAGAUGCCUGGCUUUCCCCAGAACGCCAUGAUGGGCUUUCCCGGUAUGGGAAGCAUGGCGCUCAUGCCCUCCCAGAACAUGAUGACGAUGAUGAUGCUGUCCAACCCCUGGGCCAACCCGCUCAUGAUGCAGAUGGCCGCCAUGCAGAUGGCCAUGAUGAGCAUGAUGGGUGGCUUUGGGAUGGGUGGCAUGGGCGGGAUGGGAUCCUGGUUCCCUCUCUUUGCGCACCAGGUGGGCAACAUGCUCUCUUCCGCAGCGCUCAACCCGUGGCUGUCAAUGAUGGGCGGAGGUGGCAUGGGCGGAAGUGGCAUGGGUGGUAUGGGGAUGGGUAACAUGGGAAUGGGCAUGGGCGGUAUGGGUGGUAUGGGCGGAGGCGGUUUCCCCUCGUUCAUGCCUCCUCCUGGCUCAAUGGGUCCUCAGGUCCCUUCUCGUGAGGGUGCUGGUGACACCGGCUUCUCUUCCGGCGACAAGGGUCCUCUUCUGGUGCGCGCCGAAAUUACCUUCCCCAACUAUGUCGGUUCCGAUGACCUCAAGGAAAUCUGCGACCGUCUUGAAAACUCUACCAUCCUGGACGAGGGCCUGAGCGGCCUCCUGGCCUUUGGCAAGGUCGGCGACGCAGAGUACGACAUCAGCGUCGGCGGGUUCAUGAGCCGCCCUUCGGGCGCCAGUGUCUGGAAGGAUAGGGCAGAGCGCGAAGUCCGCAGUAUUCUCUCCAGUGUUGUGCCUGGGUGCAACCCCAAGAUCAAGACCCACGUCAGUCGCGCUCCGGAGGGCACCACCUAA